AUGGAAUUGUACAAGAAGAUUCUGUGUCUGGGAAGAGGUGGCGCAGCAGAAGUAUUCCUGAUGAAACACGCGGAGUCUAAGAGACUGCAUGCAGUGAAAAGAAUACAAGCAGACGACUCUCGCAAAACAAAGACCAAAGAGGCCAUCCUACAAGAAGCUGAAAUCAUCAGGAAGCUGAAUCACCCUCACAUAGUGACCUGCAGCGAGGCUCUCUUUGACUCAAAUGAUGGAUACAUCUAUAUAGUCAUGGACUACUGUGAUGGAGGGACACUGGAUGACAAAGUCAAGGAGAGAAAGACAGGGGACUAUUUCCCAGAGUGGAUGAUAAUGGAGUGGUUUGUACAGGUUACCAUGGCAGUCAGCUACAUUCACUCAGCUAGAAUCCUCCACCGGGACAUCAAAACCUCCAAUGUGCUUCUAACUAAGAGAGGCGUGGUAAAGGUGGGGGACUUUGGGAUAUCCAAGAUAAUGACCAACACAGUGGAUAUGGCUCGUACCUGUGUUGGUACCCCCAGCUACCUGAGUCCAGAGCUGUGUCAGGACGUCCCAUACAGUUCUAAGUCUGAUGUCUGGGCACUGGGAUGCUUGCUGUAUGAGAUCUGUGCUCUCAGACCGCCGUUUGCUGCCUCCAACCUGCUCAGUCUGCUCUGUAAGAUCAUCAGAGGAGAGUACAGCCCUGUUCCCCAGACCUACUCAGACAGCAUCACCCCUCUGGUCCAGAUACUGCUCUGUCCGGUGCCUGAGGACAGACCUAGUGCUGGAGCCAUACUGGACAUGAUCUAUGUACGGGAACAUCUCAGAGAGUUUGUCAAGCACAGGGAGAUAGAGUUAGCAGUGUAUGAUAAUGUAGACUCCAGAGCCAUACCCCUCUCUAGUUGGGUCUGUGAGUCUGUGAGAACAUCUGGCUCUGUGAGUUCACCUGCAGAUAAGAGCAUGGCCGUGACUGCAGAAUGGAAGGAGGACAGCAGCAGUCACAGUAACUCUGGGGAAGAGGAGGAGGGGGACAGUACAGAGCCCUGUCCCAGUGAUAAUGAGGAGGUAGAGGGUGAUGUGGUCAGCAUAGGCCAGUCUGACUACUCUGAGGACUUUGAUGACGACAACAGCUUGUCUUCCAUAGAGGAACACAGAGAGGACGAGGCAACCUCUACACCUGUUAAUGCUGUCACGGAGGAUGUCUCUAUGGAAGCUAAUGUGACCCCUGAAGUGGAGGACCCUAGUGAGUACCCUGAUGACUUUGAGGAGGAGGAAGACGAGGAUGUGAUGAUGGUGGUCCACUAUGCCGGCGCUGCUCUGGAGCUCCCUGCAGAGGGUGAUGGGGAGGAGUUUCAGCUGAGGGACGCAGGGGGUGUGGCUGUCACGCUGAAGACUCUGAGAGACAGCUAUAUCAUGGAGGGCAUCGGCCCCUCUCUCUACGGGCAGAUCAGCGAACACUUUGAGAACGGUCUCAGCCCUGAAGACCAGCAGCCACACUUUAAACACACGCUGGGGACCUGA